AUGAGAAUCACCAACUCUGAGCCGCACUCGUUUAUUAAUCUCCAAGGAGGAUGGCCGACUCCCCGCUUGCACCCGGUGAAAGACCUUGAGGCUGCUUCUUCCUCCUUGUUCCGUCAAGAGGAUGUUGCGAAAGAGCUUCUUAGAUAUGGAGCUGGACUUGGGAGGCCGUCUCUGCGAGAUUUGAUCGGAAAAUGGCUGAAUGACUUUUACCAGCCGGCUGCCGGCUCUAUUCCAGGCGUUCGAAUCGGCGAGACAAAUGGUGCAUCAAAUGGCCUAGCGACAAUUCUUCAAAAGUUCACAGACCCAGUCUACACCCGCGCGGUCUGGAUGGUCGAGCCUACAUACUUCCUCGCAUGCCCCAUCUUCAGAGAUGCAGGUCUCGCGGGUCGCAUCAGAAGCGCACCAGAAGGGCCGGACGGCGUGGACCUUGACUUUCUCGCAAGCGAGCUACAACACGUCGAUGAGACGUGGCCGGACAAGACUUCAGGACCGAGCAAGUCGGCGAAGUUGGGAUAUCCCAAGGUGUAUCGCCAUGUGGUCUAUCUUAUCCCAACUUUUUCGAACCCUAGUGGGAAAACCAUGACCUUGGAAAACAGGAAGAGACUUGUGCAGUUGGCGAGAAAGCAUGAUGCUCUGCUGAUAUCUGACGAUGUCUACGACGUGCUCCGGUGGCCGGCGAAGGAGGGUUUCUCAGCUGAAGCUCUUCCAAAGCCUAGCUCACGCUUGGUAGAUGUGGACAGAGAGCUAGAGGGCACAUCGACGUUUGGGAAUGCGGUCAGUAAUGGCUCCUUCUCCAAGAUCGUGGCGCCUGGCAUGAGGCUUGGUUGGAUUGAAGCCACUCCCGUUUUCUGCACAGCCAUCCGUACUGUCGGCGCUACCGCUUCAGGUGGCGGGCAAGCUCACUUCUCUUCCCUCUUCGUGGAAAACGUGCUUGCGGAUGGGGCUCUAACUCGGCACAUCAACGAAGUUCUCAUUCCUACUUACCAACAGCGCUAUUAUGCCAUGGUCAACACAAUCAAACGUGUUCUCUAUCCUCUGGGUGUGAGAAUUGCUGCAGAGGAGGCCGCACAAGAGAGCGGUGUCGCUGGUGGCUUCUUCCUCUACAUAACCUUUGGAGAUGGCGGCGCCGACUUUGCGUCGGAAAUUUCUCGGGUUUCUUUUGAAGACUUCAACCUAAAGAUUGGGCCUGGCCAGAUAUUUGGCGUGCCUGAUGACCCUUACAGUGAGCAAAGGGGCAGGGAAUCAUACUACAGCGGCGCGAGACUUUGUUGGGCGUGGCAUGAGGAGGAAGAAAUUGUGGAAGGCAUCGAGCGAUUGGCGGUAGUGAUCAAAGGCGUUCAAAGGGCGAUGAGCUAG